GCACUAAUGGCUUCAUACCACACAUAUCAAAAACAUGCAGAACCAAGGACUGGAAACCCAACUGAGUGGAACAAAGAGCAUAAAAGCAGGCACACCAAAACGAAUACCAAGUAGGAGCUCCUACCAAUAAGAAAGUAUUCGCCGCUGCUUUCUGAAUAUUCUCAUCGAAGUGGCAGUUUGUGCAAUGCGUCUCUCUCCGAUCCGCCGAGGAGGACUGGUACUAGCUCUCGUCGUGUUUUCUUCUCUAACGCGUGAGACCGCUGGCCUGAAAUUCGACGUCCGUCGUGAUGAUACGGGAAUUUGCGUGUAUAAAGGCUACCUGCCUGGUGGAGGCAUCCCAAACAUUAAACCAAUCCAAUCGCCCGUAUGCAAAGGUUUCACCAACUCCCUGGGGUUUGUUUCCGGUAUAAUUGGCCAGUCUACGGGCGCGGGAAGGGCUCUGUCUACGGUUGCCACGCUUGUCGAGAAGACUGCCAAAGUUGCUAAGGUCCUCAGUGCCGGUUUUGGAGUAUUUGCUGCAGCUUUCAGUAUCUUGUCUUCAUUUUCGAAGCCGACACCUAACGAAAUCUUAAAAAGGGUUGACAAGGCUUUCGAGAAGCUGACGAAAGACAUGAACAAUCGACUAAAAACGAUGGAGGGAUACGUGGACGGAAAAAUUAUCCAGCAGGAACAACGAACUGUCAAUGACGAGUUUGCGUCUCUGAAGCGUUAUCUUGAAAACUGCUUACACGAGACCACUGAGCCCUCAGUACGAAGAUGUCAGCGGAACUCUGUCAGGGACAUUGACGCGGCGUGGCCCAAAUUUGAGAAAUUGAAAAGCCAGUUCAACAGCAAUUCAAAGAAGAUCUCGAUGAAUGAUAUCAAAAGGCUGGAGGCCGCAUUGAUUCCGUUCAGAGACUUCGCCAGUUUGCAUCUCUUUGCUCUUCAACUGCUGAUCAACUCGUACAAGAAAGACCCUGAUACCAAGGAGAAAAAUGACCGUCUAAAGCUUUACAUGAAAACACUGAAUGAACGAGGAAUGUUUUACAGAAAGUACGCGAGAUGGGCUUACGAACGGAUCUACCAUGAACAGGUAAGGAAGCAUAUCCAUGGCAGGGGGCUGAAAGAAGAGUACAUCAUGGAUAAGAAUGUUUACAGACUGUAUGAGGGGGCUUUUUGGUUAAAUAAAGGAGCGAACACUGAGAACCAGAUCUCGGUCAAGCCCAACUGCGCUAAAGGAGACGAACACGCGCCCAUCAACACGUGCAAGUACAAGUACCACAUGCGAGUGGACGGGAAGGUUUUGGAACGCUAUCCCGAUCGCAUGGCUCCUGUUAGUGAUAGCGAUAGCGCCUUGAGAUAUUUCGCCAAGGAGGAUGCUCGCCACACGUGUACAAGAUACCUGGACAGCCUCAAGAAGGACUUGACGACGUACUGGCAGACGGAGCUUAUUAGUGUUGCUGAUUUAUGGGCAAAGAUGGCGGAAAAGGCCAAGAACGAGAUAAGCAAGGUUGACAAGGGUGAAUUCAAAAUCGCAGGUAGUGGUUCCAGCGUGGAGGGAGUCCUCAGUGGUCACCUAGGAGGCACACCUUUAUCAUGCGAGGUCACGUGUAACUUGACGUCUUUAGAAAUUAAAGCCCAGAGCGACGAGGUCUUACUAAACAUGGCACAAUAUCAGCCAGAAAACUAUGGAAACGAACAACCGGAUAUCGAUAAAAUCAAACCGGAAAUGGACGAGGAGGACGAAUCGCAAGAUGAGAUGAGCCAUGGUCAAUUGAUGGUGUCACCAGAACUUGACGAGUCAGCUAUUAUCGGCAAGCCCCUAACGUGCAAUGUUGUGUGUAAACGUUGA